UUACGAGCGUUCUCUUGCUGCCUUUCACGUUUCACGAUUGACUCGCAAAUCAGAGAAGACGGAGGAGAAGGUUGUUCGUCGCGACACUCGUCGAUAUUCGAAAGCAAUUAAAGUUCUCCUGCUUUCAGGCUUUUUGUCCGGUUGCUCUUUGCGUCUGGCUUUAUUCCUCGCGGCUUUCUCCCCUUACUUAUCGGCUGGCUUUGCCAGCAAGCCCGCUUUGAACCAGCUUUUACCCUUCGACUAAUUCACUCUAUUGUGACAAGGUAUAUUCAAGAAGCCUGUUCGAUUAUGCACCACUCUAUGCUUUCAUCGACUCUCCACCUGUUAUACACAAAAAUUGUCAUUUUUCAUUAUAAAUCAGCGUUUACCAUGAACGUCGUAGCAGAAACAACGAAGAAUCAACGUAAAACAGAGACGUUUUAAACGAAUAAUGAAAUCGAUAUUAUACGCGUCUCUAUGUUUUUGCGUUUUACCUGAACUUUGUUCGAUGGAGCAAAUGACAUUUCCAAUUCAAGAAUUGGAAACAACUACACCGAUCAGCGAAAGUAGAACAGCGACGAAGGAAGAAGGGGAAAUCGAGGCUGUGCCAAUGACGGAACAGGUUAUAGAUCCUGAUGUGAGGAUGACCGACGUGCCUGACGUGGACGAACCGAGCGAAGAUUGGGACGCCGAAUGGGAUAAGAAUAAGGUCAUUCGAGACGUCGCCUAUUACAUUCGGGCGCAUAAAUUUCAAGACUACGAUCGUAGAUACUACAGGAGACCGGAGGACUCUCGGGGCAGACUCUACGAAGAGUUCCCGAAGCCUCCAUUGAGGUCCUUGCACUGGGAAGUGCGCAAAUACUGUGACGCGAGCUUCGUCGAGUGUCUAAAGUAUCUGGAAGGUGUGAUUAAGGAUACUCCCCUGAAGCGAGAAGACGACACUGUGACAAUAAUGAAAGAACAGAAGUGGAAGGUUGAGAACAAUACCAAGCAGAUCCAGGCAGUUCAAAGGGACUGUCAGACGGCACAGAGGCGUGACGAACUAACCGCGCUUCCCUUCCAAGGUCCAAUUGAACGAUUUCAGUGGCGCAGCACGGUGAGCUACUACAUGUGCUGGUACACGAUGCUCGGCGUUCCAGAGCUGAGCAUCUUCGGCGAAUCCUGCGACAACUAUGCCAAUUGUCAGAUGGAACACGAAGGCGGAAACGGUGAUCCGCGAGCCGAUGACACGCAGCCGUAUGCCUGUGCCCUUUAUAGUUUCUGUCCGGAUCACUGUUGUCCUAUCAGGCACAUCCGUGACAUGACGGAUUGCUAUCAGUCGCCAGUGAAUCCUUGUUACGCCGCAAACCCACCGGAGCACAGAACGUGCACGUUGAACAGGCAAGAAAAUCAGGAUUUCUUCAGCUUGAUAGGCAACCAGAUAAACAUCAGCUGCGAGUGCAUGGAAUCUGGCUACGAAUGGUCCUCGAGAUUCGGUCUCUGCGUGGACGUGAACGAGUGCACCAGAGGAGAGCACAGUUGCUCCAUAAACGACGGAGAGGCGUGCAUGAAUAUGCCAGGUGGUUACCAGUGCAUCUGCAAAAUCGGUUAUGUUUACGAUCCAGGAAGAAGAGAAUGCGUUUUCAGCUCCACCAUCCACGAAUUGUUGGCUGGAGAGAAGAAUGAGACGAACGUCACCGAAACGAAUAAUAUCCUCGAGAUGGUGGUCAAAGCCAUCACUAGAUCGAGUGACAAUUCCCUAAGAAUCAAUUAUUCCAUUCUUUUCCUUGUAAUGUUGAUGUAUUUUUUAGCGACAGAAUAAUAAUAAUGUAUUCUGUUUUGUUUUUCUCGCAAAUUGAAUCAUUAUUAAUUAGAAAAGGGCAAAUGUCUCGGGGAAUGGAGUGCACUAUUGAAAUUUGUUUCGGUAACGAUUCAAAUUUUAAUCUUACCACGAAUACCUUCCGUGGACGGUUAUUUGCUUAGUGAAGGGAAAUUCGAUGCCUUCUCGUGGUAUUUAGCAUAAUAGGCGUGGAUAGGAAUGCCGGAAGAGUAAAUAGAAACCUUUAACGCGUUCAGUUUCAGAGGAAUCCAA